AUGGAUAAGAUGAAUGAAAUGAAGAUUGUCGCCGGGGAUGUUGGAGGAGAGGAAAAGAGAGAUGGGAAUGGAGAUGAGAAGGGAAUGAAUCAAGUGGGUGGGAUUAAACUUCCUCGUGUGUCGAUUCAGUUUUGUACGCAGUGUAAGUGGAUGUUGAGGGCGGCUUAUUUUGCACAAGAACUCCUCUCAACCUUCGGAACAGAUAUCGGAGAAGUCGCCCUUCAACCUAGUACCGGUGGUACAUUUAUUGUUGAGCUAUUUACAGAUGCGAACGCGAAUAAGAAUGCUACUAGUUCUGUAGAAGGAGAAGCUGAAAAGAACGUGAAUGAAGUAAGAGGGUUCAAGGUAUUGAAACAUACGCUUUGGGAUCGGAAGAGUGAGGGGGGAUUUCCUGAAACGAAAGAAUUGAAAAAGAGACUUAGGAAUAUCAUUGAUCCAUCAAGGGAUUUGGGUCAUGUUGAUGGAAAGAAAUCAACAACAUCAACGACCCCUCAUUCUGCCUCUAAGCCAGCAUCUAACAGCCAACUCCAAUCUGCACCAUCAGAUGUCAAACCAUCUACCUCAACCCCAGCCAAUACCACAUCUCAACCUUCACCUUCCAGCCCCGUCUCUACUUCCCAGCUGGUUGAAGCGAAGCUCGAAGAGGCAAAGGAGAAGAAGCAAGAAGAAGAGAAAGUAACGUUGAAUGAGAGAGGUAAAAUUGUAAUCACGGGUCUGGAAGGAGAGGGCGGAUUUGGGGUAUGUAGACCUGGGGACGAGGAGUGUGGCGGAUUUUGA